UAAAAUAGCAAAGAAGAAGAAAAAGGCUCCGCCCUACUCUGCAUUUGUCUAUUCCGGAAGAAGUCGUAUCAGCACGUUUUAUUUGGUGUGGAAUAUAUGUUUUUAAUCUCGUGUCAGUGAUGUGCUUUAUUCUAUACUCACGACAUUUUAUCUAAUGGUUGUUAGUUUCAUGUAGCUCACAAAGACUGCCAUCGAACAAAGUGAGCAUUAGCAUCCCGUCAUGGAGGAGGGGACAGUAGCGACACCAGAGGAGCUGCUGCUAAAGCAGCACCGCAAGGAAAAGAAAGAUCUGCAAGCUAAAAUCCAAAGCAUGAAAAAUGCUGUCCCUAAAAAUGACAAGAAAAGGAGGAAACAGUUAACAGAUGAGAUUGCCAAGCUGGAGGCUGACAUCAGCAACAGACACGAGGAGGAAUUCAGGCAACUCAAAUCUACCACUGACACAAAGGUGGAAGAGUUGAUAAAUGGAGCUGAGACCAUGAAGGUGGAGGGUGGAGAGCAAGAAGACAUCCAACAACUGCGAGUAACCAAAGCUCAGAAGAGAAGGGACAAGAAGGCUGCCCAAGAAAAGGAGAGGGAGAGCAGAAUAGCAGAGGCAGAGAUGCUGAACCUGCAGGGUGAGAGACACCAGGAGGGCUUGAGGCUAGCACAGAAACUUGCCCAACAACAGCUUCAGAUCAAGGAGAUCUCUUCUGAUGGCCACUGCAUGUACCGUGCCAUUGAAGAUCAGCUGGCACAGCGAUCAAAGCCUGAGUUAACCAUGAGUGUGAAAGAACUGCGGUCUCGCACUGCUGACCACAUGAGAAGCCAUGCUGAUGACUUCCUGCCUUUCCUCACUAACCCCACCACUGGGGACAUGUACACACCAGAUGAGUUUGAGAAAUACUGCAGUGAUGUGGAGCACACAGCAGCUUGGGGUGGGCAACUGGAACUGCGAGCUUUGACCCAAGUUCUCCAUUUGCCAAUAGAAGUGAUCCAGGCUGACUCCCCAGCUAUACGAAUUGGAGAAGAAUAUGCCAGUGAACCCAUUACCCUUGUCUAUAUGCAUCAUGCCUAUGGAUUAGGAGAGCACUACAAUUCUGUGGAGCAGCUCAAGGACCCAGCCGCUGCAGGGGACAGCUGAGUGUUCAAACCAGUCACACUCACAGGGCCUCUACAUACAAAUGUAUUUGGAGGGUGGAUUGUGCAAAUGAAAAACAGCAUAAAAAGAAACCAUGUUAAUAAAUUUACACUGGACGCCCUCGGAUCACCAGUCUCCCGGCAGCCCAUUUUGGAAAGCGCUGGUAUAAUGCAUUCUUUUUAAGCAAAUCCACUUGAGCAGAAGAGAAUGUAAGAGCUGUUGGUCAUACUUGUCACUCAACCAAAUGUCACCCAAUGGCUGUUUAACUUUUGCAGUGUUUGUAGAAUGAACCGAGCUGUUGAAUCUGUAAAUCAUAGCAAUGUUAUAUAAACACAUACAAUAAUAAUGAGAUUGACAUAUGUAGGAAAUAUUAAAGGUUGCAUGCAUAAAACGGUUAACACCUGCAUCAUGUCUGCCUUUGGUAAACUGUACAGACAUCACACAAAGUAUUCACUCCAGUAUUUUUAGUCAAUCAGUAAUGCUGGAAAAUGCUGUGCAAAGUGUUUUGUGCAAAUGGAAACAUCCUACAAUAUUCAGCUGUCACCAUGCUGGGUCGCAAGCUCUUAAAAGCAAACUCUUGUCUAAGUCAUUUGAGCUUGCUCAGAUAUGUUAACAGAAGUCAUGACUACACUGUACAAACUCAGUAACAUAGGAAUUCCAGUUCAGUUCCUACAAAGGAACGGAAGGAAAUAAAGGAGACAUGAAAGCA